ACAGGGCACACAUGGAGACAGAGCCAGGUUUAUCGGAAAUUCGAACUUUACCGGGUUCUAAGCUGGCCUUAGAGCACCGACUGCCCCAAUUUAGGCUGCAUGAACCUGGUCUUUACACGGGCGACCAUUUGGUCCCUCAGACACCCCUUGGUGCAGACACAGGGAAGCGCUGCUCUCCUGUCACUUACCCAGGACUUGCUCGCCAAGAAGCGCGCAGCCGCACUCACUGCUCGGCCCCGCCCCCGACGGAGGCCGCGCCGGGAAGUCCCAAAGGCGGAAGUAGGCCACCGGAAGCGACGGUUACCAUGGAGCCAUCGGAGGACUGGCUGGUGGAAUCCUUGCGCUUGUAUCAGGAUUUCUUUGCAUUUGACCUCUCAGGAGCCACUCGAGUCCUCGAAUGGAUUGAUGACAAAGGAGUCUUUGUGGCUGGCUAUGAAAGCCUGAGAAAAAAUGAGAUUCUUCAUCUGAUACUACCUCUCAGGCUUUCUGUAAAAGAAAACCAGGGCUUAUUCCCAGAAAGAGAUUUCAAAGUAUGCCAUGGAGGAUUUUCAGACAGGUCUGUUUUUGAUCUGAAGCACAUACCAGACUCCAGCUUGCUGGUGACCAGUGGCCUUCCAGGUUGUUAUCUGCAAGUGUGGCAGGUCAUAGAGGACAGUGAUGUCAUUAAAGCUGUUGGCACCAUUGCUGUCCAUAAGAAAGAGGAAAAUCUCUGGCCUAGAAUAGCCGUCUUCUCUUCAGUGACACCUGGAAUCCUCCAUGGGGUGAGGCUCAGCAGUCUGCAGAUUGUGGAUCUGGAAUCCCAGAAGACCACAUACACCUCAGGUGUCAGUGACAGUGAAGAGCUCAGUAGCCUGCAGGUUUUAAGUGCAGACACCUUCGCCUUCUGCUGCACCUCAGGCCGGCUGGGGCUUGUAGACAUCCGCCAGAAGUGGGCACCACUGGAGAAUUGCAGCCCCAGCUCGGAGUCAGGUGGCGAAAGAUGGUGUGCAAAAGUUGGGGGCAGGGGCCAGGGCCCUGGGCCUAGCAUCGCCAGCCUCAGUUCAGAUGGGCAACUCCGCCUCCUUGACCCCCGGGUUCUCUGCCAUCCUGUGAGCUCAGUCCACUGCCCAGUGUCCACACCUAGCCCUAACCCAGAGCUGCUGCGAGUGACGUGGGCCCCAUGCCUGGACAACUGUUUGGCCAUAUCAGGUUUUGAUGGGACAGUCCAGGUGUAUGAUGUAACGUCUUGGAAUGGAAUGGGGAGGCAAAUAGAACCUCUCUUCACUCAUAGAGGUCAUAUCUUCCUAGAUGGAAAUGGGAUGGACACUGCCCCACUGGUCACCACCCACACUUGGCAUCCCUGCAAACCAAGGACUGUGUUAUCAGCAGCAAGUGAUGCCUCUCUCCAUGUGUGGGACUGGGUGGACCUUCGUGCCUCCCAGUGACACCAGCAGCAUUUUUCUGUCCAGGCCUCUAGGAAGAAGAGGAGCUACUGUGGUAGCAAAGGAAUUGAUGUAGGACUCAACUGACCACAAUUCCUUGUUAUCAGCUGUGUGGCCUUUGGCAGGUCAACCAGCCUCUCUUAGCCCCAGUUUCCAUUAUUUGUAAAAUCAAGAUAGUGACAGCUACCUUGCAGGGUUGUUGGGGAUGUUAGAAGCAAUGCAUGGCAUAAUAAAUUAUUUUGUAGACACUAUUAGAUCUGGGAACCCCAUUUCCCCUAAGUGUAAGAUGGCAGUGCUUUGUCCCUGUAUUCUUCACUCUGUAUCAUAGUGAGAAUCAGAAGAGCUAAUGAAUGCAAACAUGUUUCUGUGGACCUUUUUACAGAAUAAAAAAAUGCAUAAGGACCAGUAAACAGGAAAAAUGACAACCCUAGUAGCAAUAAAGGAAAUAGUGAUUAAAACAACAUUAUUCAAUUUUUGCUUUCCUAAUUGCCAAAUGUGACAAGUAUUGCUUUGAGGCCAGGCACAGUGACUCAGGCCUGUAAUCCCAGCAUUUUGGGAGGCCAAAGUAGUAGGAUCACUUGAGUCUAAGCCUGGGCAACAUAGACCUCCUUCUCUACAAACAUUUUUUAAAAAAAGCCAAACAAACAUUUCUUUGAGAGCUGAUACAAGUUACAGGAUAUGAGGGACAUUUCUUUUUGGGAUCCCAUAGCAAAUAUUAGUGCACUCACAUAUAAAUAUAAUUCCUCAUUAAAUAUAAUUCCUCACUGUAGCUUUCGCUACACCAUGGUGGGCGCCUGUAGUCCUAACUACUUUGGAGGUUGAGGCAGGAGAAUCCCUUGAACCCUGAAGUUUCAGGUUGCUGUGAGCUUUGACACCAUGGCACAGGCUAAGACUCUGUCUCUCUCUCACAUACACACAAAGUAUCACCUAGGAUGGCACCUGUGGCUCAGUGAGUAGGGCACUGGCUCCAUAUACCAAGGGUGGCAGAUUCGAACCCAGCUCUAGCCAAACUGCAACAAAAAAAUAGGCGUUGUGGCGGGUGCCUGUAGUCCCAGCUACUUGGGAGGCUGAGACAAGAGAAUCGCUUAAGCCCAGGAGUUGGAUGUUGCUGUGAGCUGUGAUGCCACAGCACUCUACCCAGGGCCACAGCUUGAGGCUCUGUCUCAAACAUAAAAAAGAGAAAGAAAUUAACCACUUUUGGGUAGGAGUAUUAGGGUUCAAUGUGAGAAGCGACCCACUAACAGGUAUCUCACACACACAUGCAUACAUAGAUUUGGUACCAGCAUCCUUGCUUUCUUAGCUGUGGGAGCUGGUCAAUCUCCAUUAGGCUGUUGGCCUCACACCUGGGGCUAGAGCCUGAGGCCCAGGGGGCAAGCAGCUGCGAAGUACAGAUGGAGGUAGAGUGUGUCAAGCAAGGACCAGCUUUCUCUAGUCUUGAAGCAGCACUUUUUUUUUUUUUUUAUUGUUGGGGAUUCAUUGAGGGUACAAUAAGCCAGGUUACACUGAUUGCAAUUGUUAGGCAAAGUCCCUCUUGCAAUCAUGUCUUGCCCC